AUGCUGUCAGGUUCUGCGAGUCAGGAACAGCUGCGACAGCCUUCACUGAUGCCGAUCCCAUCACAUGCUCCAUCACCGCUGACGGUGGGAGCCAUGCUCUCCACUGUCCCAUCAGACCCCUCUCACACCACAAAUGGUCUCCUUGCACCACAGCCCCCCGCAAGCAGUCCCAUAGCGCUCCACGCCAUCUGUUCAAUGCGGUUUUUGGCACGCAUGGCAAGUUGGGCACAACUAAUCAAUACAAAUAAUGACAUUAACGAAGCAGCUCGCGCGACCGCACCAAGCAAGAUGAAGGUGAAGGAGAAAGUGAAGGAAGCGAAGGAGAAAGGAGAGGGUAAGAAAAAGAAGAAAGAAGAAGAGGAGAUAGAAGUGAAGAAGAAGACGAUCUGGUCAUUGGGUAGCAGUUUCAUCAGAACUCUCAGACAUACGAAGCAGACUCUGCUUCAUCUCGGUUUGCCUUCUUAG